AUGCAUAUUCCCUGGGUAUUCUUUUGCGCCUUGGCACUUGUAAAUGCCGGAAACAUCAGCUUCAUCUCUGAUCCGGGAGUUUAUGGUCCGCAAUUGGAGAUAGAGCACGCAUACUACGGACAGUGGCCCACAGGUAUUGCGGUGUCCAGCACAGGAAGGAAAUUCUCAAACUUUCCGGGAGGACUGGAUCCGGCAAAUACUUACAAUGGGUCAAACGAUGUCUUCACAGUAGCGGAGCUCACAUCUCUCACUGGGGAGAGUGCUUAUCCAUCAUUAGGGAUGAACCACCCCCCUGGAGCUGGGGCCAAUUAUCAAGACUACCUCAUAGGCGUACAGUCCGUAGUCAUUGAUUCCCUCGACCGCCUUUGGAUAUUAGACACAGGGCGUGUGUUGACUCCGGAUGGAAGCUCCCUCGUGUAUGCGUCGUUCGGAGGGCCGAAGCUCAUUGGUGUGGAUCUCAACACAAACAGGGUCUUCAAGACUAUUCUGUUUCCAUCGACGGUUGCGUAUCCAGAUAGCUAUCUCAAUGAUGUUCGGUUCGAUCUGCGCCCUGAUGUGUCAGAAUCUGGCGAAGGUAUCGCGUACAUUACGGAUAGCAGCUCAGAGGGCCGCAACGCCAUCAUCAUCGUUGAUCUUGGAUCAGGAGAAAGCUGGAGGCAUCUCGAGCUCACAAAGUGGGUUCGAUCACAAAAUCAGUUUCUACCUUUCAUUUGGGGCCAGCCGAUAUAUUAUGCGCAGGCAAGUAGACCAGUCUCAUACUGGCCGCUUGGAUCAGAUGGGAUAGCCCUGUCUGCUGAUGGCGAAAGGCUAUAUUGGGGUCCAUUGGGCUCUCGAUAUCUGUACAGCGUUCCGACCGUGCUUUUGCGAAAACAGGAUCCGACCAGUGAGCUCCUCACCCAGCAGGGCGUGACGAGUCAUGGAGAGAAGGGUGCAAGUGAUGGUUUCGAGACCGACUCAAACGGGUUCAUAUAUGUUGGAAACAAUGAGGCAAACUCUGUAAAUCUAUUCAACCCCAAGAACGGGACAACUACCCCUUUCGUUCGAGAUCCUCGAAUAAACUGGGUCGAUACUAUGUCUAUUGCAACAGAUGGCUACCUUUAUUUCACCGUCAAUCAAAUCAACCUGGCUCCAGCUUCAUAUCCAGGAACAGAUAGGAGGGUAAGGCCCUUUGCCUUGUUCAAAGCCCUCCUUCCGGGUGGAGGCACUAAAGUUCAAUUGGAAUAG